AUGUUACCAACAGUUACAGUAACAACAACAACAACAACAGAAGAGACGGUUUUACCAACAACAGAAACAAUAUCAAAUUGCUUGGAUUCAAAUUUAAUUACAUUUGAAAAUGCGGCAAACUAUUCCAAAAUCUCGAAUGGUUAUUAUGGUUUGACAUGGACGAAUGCUUAUGUACUUGAUACACAAAUAUAUCCACAAUGGUCUGAAAGUGGUUUUUAUUCGGCUAUUAAAUCGGGUACUUGGGUUGCAUUUAACAUGAAUGGUGAACGAAUGACAAUUUCUAUAGAUACACCAAACACAUUUAGUAUAAAAUCAUUUGUUGUCUCAUCUGCAUGGAAUGAUUAUGUUACAUUAUCAAUGGUUUCGCAACGUGCAUCUACGUAUUAUAAAGAAGCAUCAUUUAAAAUUGAAAAAAAUCGUUCAACUACGAUUGAAUUAAAUUGGUUCGAUAUUAAUACAAUCACAUUCUAUGCAUCAAUUAAUAAUAGUCAACAUGGAGAAGUAUUUGUUAUUGAUGAUUUAUGUUUGGACUCAACUACACUGUCAACAUCAACAUCAGCCGAAAUUGAAGAUAAAUGUUCAUUGAACGAAAUAUUCUAUCAAGGUCAUUGUUACUACUUGGAUGGUGUAGGAGGAGAAUGUCCAUAUGGUUAUAGUCUUGGAUCAGAAACGGUUUUAUCUGCUAUAGCUGAUUCAUUUAUUGGUUUAAAUUAUAAAACAGCGAUAUCAAAUAAUUGUUGCGUUGUAACGUCUGAAAAAUCCUCAAAUUACGGAAUUAAUUCAACGGAUCAAUGCAACAAACAAGGACCAUUUACAGUCGUGCCCAGUUACAAUGGUGGUGGAUGUCGAAAUUAUACGACUAGACAUUCAAGACAAUUAACAUUUUGUAUGAGCAAUUAA